AUGUCUAGGUACACAAGGUUUAAUACUCACUGGAUUGGAACACAAACUCUACUACAAUAUUUAAAAGGUAAAAAGCACUCCACAAUUUAUGAUGAAGUGAAAUUUGCUAUGAUUCCGGGAGGAUCUGCAUUGUUAAAAAUGAAUGAUUACGAUGGAAAAAUGCUACCUUAUAUCGAACAAUUUUUAGGGGAUAGUAAAGGGAAAAAGCUUAUAGUGGUUCAUACCUCAGGAAGCCAUUGGAAUUAUUCUGCUAGAUACCCUAAAGAAUUUCAAAAAUUUACUCCAGGAUGUAAUAAAGUUGCUAAAUCAGAUCCUAGUACUUGUACUAUUGAAGGGUUGAUCAAUGAUUAUGAUAAUUCUAUUCUGUAUACAGAUUUUUUUUUAUUUAGCCUAGUAGAAUUACUAAAGAACAAUAAUGGUUUUUUAAUAUAUGUUUCUGAUCAUGCGGAGUCAUUAGGGGAAAAUGGUUAUUAUGGACACGGAGGACCGUUAAUACCCGAACAAACCACUAUACCUUUUAUAGUUUGGGUAUCGGAUCCAUUUAAAAUACGUCAUCUUGAACUAGUGAAAGCUAUAGAAACUCAUUCAGGUUCUGAAUUAAGUCAUGAUUAUGUGUUUCAUUCCAUACUUGAUUGUGCUGGAAUACAGGCUAAAGUGAUUGAUAAAAAUUUAAGUAUAUGUGAGAAGCUGAAGGAUGGUUAA